AUGGGCGAGCGCGGUGCAUCCGAUGAUUUGGAUAGCGCGAACGAGUGCGCUGACGCCCAUCGGCGGAUCGCAAAGCGUCGAGCGAGACACACUCGCGCACUAGCGAGAGCUCUCGGAGACGCUUCGACGCAUCUAAAAGCGUCUCGAGAAGACGUCGACGACGAGGAUGACGUCGACGAUGAGGACGAAGACCCGAGAGAGACCGUCGCCAGAGUCGCUCGAGAGGCAGCGGAGACGCUCCGGCGCGAGAGGAACGUUUUCGUCGACAUUGAACGCGACGCCGCGGAGACUUUUUUUUUAGAAUUCAGCUCCGAGUCUGCAGUCGAGCCGAACACUGAUUCUUUGCGCACCAUGACGCGCAUCGCGCGCGAGCGCGAGGCCUCGAGACAGGAGAGUGUGAGAGAGACGAGGUAUAGAUUUCGGCGCGACAUGAUCGACGACGCGGAGGCGAGCGGCGAGACGAACGACGAACUCGUCGAGGCGUGGAACAAUCUGUUGAGAGAAAACGCGGAGAGGACGUGCAAGGAAGGAGACGGUGAUCGCGUCGAUUGCAUGGAGCUCGACGCGCGAUUCCGCGCGCAAUUGAGUGCGUGUAAACGAGCGCUCGAGCCCAAGGAGUCGCUUGUUCUCAGAUUGAGGGCUCACACGGUGGCCAACGUGGACGCUUCGUUUGACGACGCGCUCGUCGAGUGCAGACGUGAGCUCGCGCACGCGGCGACGCUCGCAGCGCACGCGCGCACGCGUCGUGAAACGGCGUUUCAGUCGUUAUUGACGGGCGCGCGCGCCUCCUUUGACGAGACGUUGCGUCGACGAGACGAGUUGCGUUCGCGCGCGCUCGAGCAGACGGAUGCGCUCAUCGAGGCUGAGCGACGCUCGAGAGAAGAGGAUGCGUGCCGCGAGGCGAACGCGAGACGCGCGUCGCUGAUGUCCACCGCGGUAGAAAACGCGCGCGAAAUGCGUCGUCUUCGAGACCGUCUGGAUCAUCGCGUCGAGGACACAUCCGCGCGCCUGCACGACGCGCUCGCUCGAGCGCCGCUCCGUUCGGCGAGGUUGAAGGACGCGUUGCGUCGCAGACGAGGCGGUGAGGCGCAGAGACGCGCUCGAGAGCGCUUGGCCACGCGCGUGAUGAAGAAUCUUCGCGUCGAGCUCCACCGGGUCAAGCGCGAGUACGCCGAGCGAGAAAAGUCGGAGGCCGCGCUCGGCGCCGCGUCCGUGCGCUCGGCGAACCAGUCUCUCGAACGACUCAACGCCGCUCGAUCUCGGCCGAUCGGAACCGACAAGACGGCGGCGAUCCGCGCUAUGAAACACGCGCGCAUCGCGCAGCUCCAGCGCGAGCUCGACGCCGCGGAGCGUGAGAUUUGGCGAACCGCGCUCGGAAGCGUUCCGCCGAAGACCUUUCCGAGCAGUCUCCGGCGACGCGCCGAGGCGUACGAACGCCUCGAGCGGGCGAUGCGUCGACGUGAUUAG